GGUUGCGCCCACUGCACGGAGUCGCUGGCACGGAAAAUUGGAAUGUUGAUUUCCUCGGAAUGUUGUAGAAGUGGGUGGAACGUUGGACGACUGGAUAGCACAUCUGCCUCACAGUUCUGAGGACCGGGGUUUCAAAAGGCAUCCCAGUAGGUGAUUGGCUGUCACUGACCCACUCCCCAUUCUCACGUGCCAGUUUUUCAGUCACAAAUAAUGCCUGACAACCAAACACACAUCAGACAAACUCACUCACACUGAUACAAGGAGAUUGAGAAUGGACCAAGUCAAAUACACGGGAGAGCUAAUGCACAUUGAGGACGUGGGCUCGAGACGUUUGACCAAGGAGACGGUGAAAAAGCUGAUCUACCACUCACAGGAGGCAAAGAAGCAAGCAUAUUGCCCUUACAGCAAAUUCAGAGUGGGAGCAGCUCUCCUGACUGUUGACAACUGCUUGUUUACAGGAUGCAACGUGGAGAAUGCAUGUUACAACCUGGGCGAAUGUGCUGAGAGGAACGCCAUUUCAAAAGCGGUGUCUGAAGGCUACACGACAUUCAAGGCCAUUGCAAUCGCCAGUGAUUUGACAGACCAAUUCAUCUCUCCAUGCGGUGGCUGCAGGCAGUUCAUGAGAGAGUUUGGGCCCAGCUGGGAUGUUUACCUGUCAAAGCCUGAUGGGUCCUACACGAAGAUGAGCAUCAAACAGCUGCUGCCAGCCUCAUUCGGUCCUGAAGAUCUGGACAUGAAAAAAGUACUGGACAUCUCCAACGAGUACUGAAACUACAAUCUACUGUAACACACUGACCUUAGCGUAACUGUUGGUAUGUUGAAAUUCUGUACUUCAGGCUUGUCACUACAAUUGUAAAAAGGUCCUUGUAUUUGUAUUGUAUUUUAUGCAAUUAUGGAAAAGGUAUGCAUGUGUUAAUUGCUUAUGAUAAUUUUUUCCACAGCUAUUGAUGCUGGAUAAUUCAAUGUACAUUAAUUAGUGUUGUAUUUACCAGAAUAAAUACACUGAAUAAUUUAUAUGACAAAAAACAUUUAUUAGUUGAAUGGAAGAAAAUGACAUCAAAAUAAUAUGCGCAUAUUGUACUUUAAUAAACUUUUAAAACACAAUCUCUUAAAGUUGAAUAUCAUCAAAUUCCAUAAAAGACUACUAUUUCUUCAGCAGUGAAUGGUUUCAUUUC